CUUUUGUUCCCUUGUCCUCGUCUCUCUCACGCAUGGCCCAGUCGGAGCUUGGAUUCUCAGGCAGCUGCCACUGGCAAUGAAUAUGGCUCCGUUUGAAGCAGACUAAGUAAUGCCCUCCCAGAGCGUUAUGCCGCAGCUGUCCAUCCGACCCUGCACACAACACAACCCCUCGCACCGGUGCAUCUCACACAAGUCAAAACCUUAUCAUAUAUCAUUACGCGCAUUGAAUGGGACCUUGUCUGCUUCUCCGAUACCGCGGUGAUCGAUCUGUGCUCCCCCGUUUCCGGCUCAGAUCUGGUUCUCACGCAAAAGCAAAGAUAGCUGGGCUUAAUGGGGCAGUCUGAACCGGACGGCCUUAUCUUACAAGGUGCUGUGUGCGCCCCACGCCCUAGGUUCGUUGGCCUCGUUGACAAGUUAUUGUUCAUCCCGGUGACGUGCGUCUCCGCCUUGGUCGCUUUCC